UUCUUCAACAACUUCCAAGAAAGUUUUCACUCUCCACUAUAUAUACUCUUGCAGAGGGAAGAGAAAGAUAUACAAAGCACACACUACAGAAGCGGAGAGAGACAGAGAUCUAGGGGCGACUGUAAGAGAGAACACAUCAAAUACGGAAAGAAAAAUGGCUAGGCAAAUCAGCAUCGCAGCACUUUUUGUAGUUUUGGCUGCAGUUGUGUUGCAGAGCACGUAUGCUGCAACUUACACUGUAGGAAACUCCACGGGUUGGAGAGUCCCACCUAAUACUGAUUUCUAUGAUAACUGGACUGACGAUACAAACUUCGUGGUUGGGGAUAUUCUAGUGUUCGACUUUACUACCGGGCAACAUGAUGUUGCCGGGGCGACAGAAACUGCUUACGACGCCUGCACCACUACCAAUGCCAUCUUCACUGAGACUACCGGACCGGCAAGAAUUAGACUUAACACGACUGGUGAGCACUACUUCAUCUGCACCUUCUCUAAUCACUGUGCUAGCGGCCAAAAGCUCAAGGUCGAAGUCCAAAAUAGCACCACUGCUUCCACACCUGGAUCAAGCCCCACCACCCCCUCCGGCACUUCCAGUCCUCCCAGCUCAGCUUCAUCCCUUGUUGCCGCCCUCUCUCUUGUCUUGAUGUCCAUUGCUCUGGUUUUAUUAUGCUAAAUAUGUUAACCUCCAUUGCCUAUUUCUAUGUGUUAUUAUAUAUGUCAGGUCAGACUUUGUAGUGUAUUCCAGAGAGACUUCAUUCAUUUUAUUAUAUAGAUAUUGAUCUCAUGGAGUGAUAUUUUGUGCUUGAAUAAAACUUGAUUCAUUUUUAUA